AUGGCCACCCCGUCCCUCCACCCGUCCAUCGGGCCGGGCAUCGGCUCCUCGCUGGGCUCCCCGGGCCAGCUGCACUCGCCCAUCAGCACCCUGAGCUCGCCCAUCAAUGGCAUGGGCCCUCCCUUCUCCGUCAUCAGCUCCCCCAUGGGCCCGCACUCAAUGUCCGUCCCCUCCACCCCCAGCCUGGGAUUUGGCACCAGCAGCCCACAGCUCAACUCGCCCAUGAACUCCGUCACCAGCACAGAAGACAUUAAGCCACCCCUGGGGCUCAAUGGAGUCCUCAAAGUGCCAGCACAUCCCUCAGGAACGAUGGCCUCCUUCACCAAGCACAUAUGUGCCAUCUGUGGGGACAGAUCUUCAGGAAAACAUUACGGGGUUUACAGCUGUGAGGGCUGCAAGGGCUUCUUCAAGCGCACGGUGCGGAAGGACCUCACCUACACCUGCCGCGACAACAAGGACUGUUUGAUCGACAAGCGCCAGCGCAACCGCUGCCAGUACUGCCGCUACCAGAAGUGUCUGGCCAUGGGCAUGAAGAGAGAAGCUGUCCAGGAGGAGAGGCAGCGGGGGAAGGACCGCAACGAGAACGAGGUGGAGUCGACAAGUAGCGCCAACGAGGACAUGCCUGUGGAAAAGAUCCUGGAAGCUGAACUCGCUGUGGAGCCAAAGACAGAGACCUACAUCGAGGCAAACAUGGGCCUGACGCCGAGCUCGCCCAAUGAUCCAGUGACGAACAUAUGCCAGGCAGCAGACAAACAGCUCUUCACCCUGGUGGAGUGGGCCAAGAGGAUCCCCCACUUCUCCGAGCUGCCCCUGGACGACCAGGUCAUCUUGCUCCGAGCAGGGUGGAAUGAGCUCCUAAUUGCCUCCUUCUCCCACCGCUCCAUAGCUGUGAAAGACGGGAUCCUCUUAGCCACCGGGCUCCACGUGCACCGGAACAGCGCGCACAGCGCUGGCGUCGGGGCCAUCUUCGACAGAGUAUUGACAGAACUCGUGUCAAAAAUGCGAGACAUGCUGAUGGACAAGACAGAGCUGGGCUGCCUGCGAGCCAUUGUCCUCUUCAACCCUGACUCGAAGGGUCUGUCGAACCCGGCCGAAGUGGAGGCGUUGCGGGAGAAGGUGUACGCGUCGCUAGAGGCUUAUUGCAAACACAAAUACCCCGACCAGCCCGGGAGGUUUGCAAAGCUCCUGCUCCGCCUCCCAGCCCUCCGGUCCAUCGGCCUGAAAUGCCUGGAGCACCUCUUCUUCUUCAAGCUAAUAGGAGACACACCCAUCGACACCUUCUUGAUGGAAAUGCUGGAAGCGCCCCAUCAAAUGACUUAGAGAAACUGCUGCUGGGAUGGACUGUCCCAAACACACCGUGGGACAAGCGCUGCGAGCCAAGAAUGAGGUGCCUGUGGUUGGCCUGUGGCCAAGGGCUUCCCCACCGCUUCCAUGUCCUCUUGUGCUUUAAAACAACAAAGUAUUUGCUCCCAAAGAUCCUCUUCUUGCUCCCCAUGGGUUGUGGCUGGUUGAAAACACCUCCUUCGUGCCCGGAGGGGGGGGUGGAGCAGCACCCACCACCUCACACCUCUGGUUCUGAGGGGACACAGUUGCCACCCGCCUGUUGUCAUCCCACCUGGCAGCUGGAGUCCCCAGCUCCAUCCCCUGCAGCUCAGCAGGCCAUCUCACUGCUGAAAAAAACACUCAGGAUUUCAGGUCAGAACUUCCCCCUCAGGCUGGCCCGAAGUGGCAAAUCCGCAGCGGCAGGGAGAGUGUUUUGGCUGCGUUUCCCCAGCAGCCUGCAUGCCGCCGAAAAUAUUAUUAAACAGCUUCACCCUGCAAGAAUUUGCCAAGAAAACUAGGCAAGAGAGAUGAAAUCUGGAAAGGGUGCCAGGAAACACGAGCAGGCUGUUCCCUGCCAGCGUGAGGCUGGCGCAGCCCUUGGGGGGUGCAGGGAGGUGUCAGCUCCCAGUGGAGCUCAGCCCGGAGCCCACCCAGCCCCUGGGCAGCCCCCAGGCCGGCUCUUCCAGCAGAAAGGAGCCUGGAACUUGCUUGCCAGAGAGGAUGAGGAUGCUUUGGGAAAGUUGGUGGAUAUUGCACUAGAAUAAACCCGCUGUCCUUCUCUG